CAAGUUUCAUUUAAUUUUGUGUAUUUUUGCUGUGAGCAUGGAGACUUCUGUAGUUUUGGAUGACUUGCAAAUUGUGCCAUCCGCUAACGAAAAUACAAAUAGGGAUGGAAUGCGCAAUGCAGAGGUCUUCAAUAAUGCAAUUGAUGGCAACGCACCGAAAAAAUCACGUAAACGCCUUCGCGGAGACAACAUCUACCACAUGGAUAAAGACAAUCAACUGCACUCUAAUGGACCUUUAUCAAUGGGUGGAAAAAACUCAAAUAGAGCUCAAGGACAAGCCCAAGACCAAGGUCAGGCAAUCUCAUUUCGUGAAUGUAUGGCCAGCACCCCCAUAGGUCAAGGUCAAGAAGAGGCACGCGGCAAGUACCGUGGGUCACGUGGUGGUGGUGGGGGAGGAGGUUUUGGCGGUGGUGGUGGGGGAGGAGGUUAUGGCGGUGGUGGUGGGGGAGGAGGUUAUGGUGGUGGUGCUGGAGGCGGACGUUUUUCAGGCGGCUCCAAUAACUACAAUAAUCAUUCGCACCGUGGUGAUGAGUAUUCUGUAAUUCAAAAGCUGCGCAGCCUUAGCGGUCCAACUAUUCAGAUAGAAACGAUGGAGGAGCGUGAGGAGUUAAGGUUUGCCGGACGCAAUCGUCUUUAUGUUGGAAAUUUGACUGAUAUUCAUAAUAUUGACGGAUUGCAUGAGUUGUUCAAGCCGUAUGGCGAACUGGGCGAGGUUUUUUUGAGUCCCGAUAAGAAGUAUGCGUUUGUCAAAGUUGAUUAUUAUGUCAAUGCUGAAAAGGCUAAGCGUGCCUUGGACGACACAGUAGUAAAUGGACGCCCGCUACGCGUCCGUUUUGCUAACAACGCAACCGUCUUGCGCGUUAGCAACUUAACACCCUUCGUAUCCAACGAGCUACUCUAUAAGUCCUUUGAGAUUUUCGGACCCGUCGAGCGAGCCAUCAUUACGGUCGACGAUCGUGGCAAUCAUAUGGGCGAGGGCACCAUAGAGUUUGCAAAGAAAUCGUCGGCGACUACCUGUUUACGUAUGUGCCAGGAGAGAUGCUUCUUUUUAACUGCUUCAUUGCGUCCAUGUGUGGUGGAGCUAAAGGAGACCGAGAACGUCGACGGAUUUCCGGAAAAAUCCCUCAACAAGAACAGCAAGUACAACCAAGAGCGCGGCCUUGGACCGCGUUUCGCUGAACCCAACUCCUUUGAGUGCGAAUACGGUACCAAAUGGAUGGAGCUGUAUGAUCGAUAUCGCUUCGCAACAGUUACCCUCAAACGCGAACUACAACUGGCGGGAGAAGAUCUCGAAUCCAAGCUGAAUAUAGCUCGCUAUGAGCGAGAAACUGAACUUUUGCGUGAAGAGCUAAAUAAGCGUGAACGCGAUAAGGAACGCUUUAAAUCGAAUUGGGAAAUGAACCAGGAACAAUCUAUGGGGUUCAAUCAGAGCUGUUCGGACUCCUUGCUUUAUUCUCAGAAUGGAUUGAAUGGCCACCUGAUGUGUCAGGAUGGUCCAAUGAGACGUCAGCAACAGGAAAGACCUUUAUAUAUGCCGGCUAUGCCAAAUAGUUUCGGCGGCAACAACGACUAUGGAUCAAAAAAUUUGGGAAUGGACAAUUCACCAUUUGUGGUUUUCGAAGAUUACAAAACUAAAAACGAUGAAAAUACUGAACCGGCUGCAAACAAUCAGGUUGCAUUUGAUAAUCAUUUUGAAGAUAACCAAAAUAAUCCCAUUAUGAAUAAAAACAAUGAAACUAUUGACGAUAAUAAUAACGGAUUGUGGGGACGGCGCAGGAACUAGUCAUGGGAUCAAAACGAAUUAAAUUUUCAAAUUUCAAUAACAAAUUAAAAUUUCAAGGACCAUCACACCUCUUAUAAAAUGCCUUACAACACAUAAUUCAUUCAACAUACACAUUAACAAGGCUGAUAACACUUUUACAAUAUCAAAUCAAAUCAAAUAAAAUAUUAUCUGUGUGGGUAUAUCGAAAAUCUGAA